GACAAAAGUGGUGCGUCCGCGUCGCGUCCCGCCUCACGGCAAGGCUCUCGGCGCCUCACGGCCAGGACUCCGCCAGGACUCGGCAAGGAAUCGGCCAAGCAGACGACGCGGCCGGCUAGCGGCAAGGCGGCAAGGUCCGGCACGGUCCGGCACCGGCAGUGCGUCUGCGUGCUGCUUCGCGAGAGGCUUCACCGACGUGGACGACGCCGACCACGCCGUCGUGGUGCCCAGUGCCAUCCCAGCCUCGCGCCUCGCCUCGCGGGCCGGGAGCAAGACUCGAAGACUGGAAGACACUGGAAGACUGGAUGCAGUGACUCACUAGCGACAGGCCUGCCAGCAUGCUCGCCCCGUGCUACAUCGUGAUCGCGGUGCUCGGCGUCAUCGUCGUGCUGCACUUGCUGUUCGAGCUGCACUACUUCACGAGGUCCCUGCUCACCGUCGUCGUGGGGCUGUUCUGCAAGAAGAAGAAGCACAUCCUGGACACCCUCAGCGUCAAAGGGAUCUGCCUGACGUCGGACAUCGACGUGCUGCUGUACCACAUGAACAACGCGCGCUACCUGCGGGAGGUGGACUUCGCCCGCAUCGACUUCUACCAGCGCACGGGCUUGCUGUCGCACAUCCGCGCCAAGGGGGGCGGCGUGGUGCAGGGCGCGGCCACCAUCCGCUACCGCCGCUUCAUCCGGCCCUUCCACGUCUUCCGCAUCGACUCCAGGAUCAUCUACUGGGACGCGUCCAGCAUCUUCAUGGAGCACCGCUUCGUGACCCCCAAGGACAACUUCGUGCGCGCCAUCGCCGUGUGCCGGCAGAAGGUCAUCGACUGCAACGCGGAGGAGAUCAUGACGGACCUGCUGGGCAGGCCCGAGCCCAAGAUGGCCACCACCAUGACGGGGGUGUCGAACCCCAGCGCCGUCAUCGAGAUGGAGCCCGAGGACAAGGACAACAAGAUGCACACGGUGGUGCUGGACCCCGUGAAGCCUAACGGGCUGCCGUCGAAGCCCGCCCUGCCGCUCGAGGUGGCCAAGUGGCUCGAGAGCAACGAGAUCUCGAGCGCCAACCUGCGGAACGGCUGCUGAGGCCUCGCGGCUCCAUCGAGAUCUCGCUUCGAGACAUCGCUUCGAGAUCUCGCUUUGAGACUUCCCUUCCGGCGUGCAGUCGGGACUGACCAAAUGUUGCUGUGCUAGUCAAUGUGUCUCCGGCAGGACUCGUCGGCAGACUGCUUUCCGUUUCGUUCUUCGCCGAGAGGGCGGUGUCCCCCGGGUGUCCCUGUCCCGGUGGCACCGCGGUGGGGCGAUCUGCCUGCACGACCCUCUUCGUGGGAGGCGAAGCACUUGACGCUAUCCAUUGUACUGUUUUUAGUUAGUAACUGUAAUUAUUUAAAAUUGUCUUAUCGUGGAUGCCUUUCCUGUUCGUGAUAUUAGUUUUGGGAUAAGGUAUAUAGUCGACGCGUUUUGGAACCAAGAUGAAGUGAUUGGCGGUGCUGGUUACGCGGUGUUCGGUGAUUGGACGAUCGGCCGCUCGCUCCCUGGCCUCAAGCUGCCUCUGUGAAGUGAAUGAGGAUCUCUGUCACCGUUACCCCGCGCGCGAGGAUCUCUAGCUGCUGGCCAUACAUAGAGUCUCUCGCGCACGGGGUAUCGUGGCGGCAGCUCGAUGUCUCCGUUGUGGCGAGACUUUCGGUGGGAGAGGGAAUGACAUUGUCGUUUAAUAGAUCUCACCAGGGAGCAUGGAUGUAAGAAAGAAUGUUGCGUGGAUGAGAUUUUGUAUCCAACUGCAUAUGAUCAUUUAUCUGCAUAGAGCGUUAUGAUUGUUUGUUGUUAUGUGAGUUUACAAAGUCAUGAGAUGCUAUUUUAUUAAAGUAAUCAUUAUUCUCUUACUUGCGCGGGAAAAUUGGGAGUGAAUAAAGCCUGACUGUACCUGUUUUAGAUACCAUUUUACUAUUUAUAUGUAUGAAAGGAAUAUAACAUUGAGAAACAUUUCUUCAUUUUAGACCUGUUUUCAUGCUCUCUACCAGGAAUGCUGAAUUGAGAUAGUAUAAAUUUUAUUCUAGGGAAAGGACAAAUACAGAGGUGUAUCAUGUGAGUUAUAUUAUUAAGUCCCCUUCAUAUUCUGAAACCUGGAUCAAUUUUUUUUUUCUUUCUCUCAAUUAGAUGUGUUUUGUAUGCCAUUAAUACACGGCACUUGUCUUCGGCUCUGUAUUUAAUCUACUAAAUGUGAUAGCAAACCACCUCAACAAGUGUACUGAGAUGGGUGGAGAUAUUUGUGUAAAAUGUGAUGGAAUAACUGUGUGCAGAAAAUAUUUCAGCAUAUGAGGCUGGUAUGACCAGUUCAAAUCAAAUUUAUCUAGUAUAAAGAAUUUGCUGAUUUUAAGUCAGAAAAAUAAACUUUUGUUUGCUAGAUUUCAAUUGUUUCACUGGGAGUUAUUGGAAUUACGUAUUAAACAACAAACACCAUU